CCCCUCCUUGUUUGUCUUUUAUCAGAGUGAGUGAAGCUAGCAACACGCAGGCUAGCUCAGCAGUUUAAAUGCAGCCGGGCUAGACAGCCACACAUCCACGGCAUUACUAACAAAAUGCCCCGUGUUUUAACUUUUUAACAAUUCCCCCCCCCCCCCCCCCUCCAGCGCUUUUAAGCCUGAGGAUACUGUUAUGGUUUCGGAGAAUGGAAACGGACGACGUGUCGGUUAGAGAGCAACUUUUCCACAACCGUGUCCGGGAGACCAUAAUUUGUGUACUCCUGUUUACAUGCCUUUACAUGGUGUCCUACCUCAUACUUACCCAUUUCAAGAAGACUGCUGAGUUUGUCACAGAUGAUAUUGAAGAUGCCACCGUCAACAAAAUUGCGCUGUGGCUGUGUACGUUCACCCUGUCUGUUGCAGUGUGUGCUGUGCUCCUUCUCCCCAUCUCCAUUCUGUCCAACGAGGUGCUGCUCACCUUCCCACAGAGCUACUACAUGCAGUGGCUCAAUGGAUCUCUUAUCCACGGAUUGUGGAACCUAGUUUUCCUUUUCUCCAAUUUGUCCCUGGUCUUCCUCAUGCCGUUUGCCUACUUCUUCACAGAGUCUGAGGGAUUUGCAGGGUCCAGAAAGGGGGUUAUGGCACGAGUGUAUGAAGCUGUUGUGCUGCUGUUGCUGCUGGCUCUGCUUGUGCUGGGCAUUGUGUGGGUGGCAUCAGCCCUCCUCCACGACAACAUAGCCAGGAAGAGCCUCUACGACCUGUGGGAGUAUUACCUCCCCUACCUGUACUCGGGCAUCUCUCUGUUUGGAGUGUUGCUGCUUUUGUUGUGCACUCCCUUUGGGUUGUCCCGAAUGUUCAGUGUGACCGGAAGCCUAUUGGUCAAACCGCGGCUGUUGGAAGAUGUAGAAGAGACUUUGAGCUGCACUACAUUCGAGGAAGACUCGCUCUCCAGGAAACUGAACUGUGGCACUACGACAUCAUGCUGGGUCAAGCUGAACAUGGAGGCGAUGAAAAAAGAGCACCAAACACUCCGGAGCAAGCGCAUUGCCCUGGAAAUGCGUAGGAAAGCGUCCCCGUGGCAGAGAAACCUGGGCUAUCCACUGGCCAUGCUUAUGCUCCUCGCACUGACGGUGAUGUGUGUACUGAUGGUCUGUUUUAAUGUGUUGGAGUUGCUCCUGGAUGACACAGCCAUGCCCAGAGGAAUGGAGGACCCUCAUCUGGGGAUGGCCUCCUUCUCCAUGUUCGGCUCACUGGGCGCUGCAGUUCAAGUAGUCCUUAUCCUCUACCUGAUGGUGUCCUCAGUGGUGGGCUUCUACAGUUCUCCUCUCUUCACUGGCCUCCUGCCUCGUGCACAGGACACUAACCUCACACAGAUAAUUGCAAACUGCGUUUCACUGCUUAUCCUGAGCUCAGCACUGCCGGUCUUCUCACGCACACUUGGGAUCACCCGCUUCGAUCUACUGGGAGACUUUGGUCGCUUUAACUGGCUUGGGAACUUCUACAUCGUCUUCCUGUAUAACAUGCUGUUUGCUGGUCUCACCUCGGCAUCUCUGAUCAAGACGGUCACCUGGGCAGUGCAGAGAGAGCUCAUCCGUGCCUUUGGUCUCCACAGACUGCCUUUAACUGUGUCACGCUCCACCGUCCCCUUCAGACUCCUCCUGGCCAGUGGACUGUCUAAAAUCCAAUGACUUUUCCUCCUCACUACUGACUUUCUUGACAUUUAGAAACUCGGCUACUUCAAAUGUGCACCUAUUAGAUUAAAGGCACUUGCAAUUCAGUCCCUUUGCCAGUUGGUACUCAGUUCAGGUUCGCCCAGUGUGAAGAAACCGGAGAAGGUGACGAGUCCUUCUGCACCGUGUCCAGUGGGAGCUUUACUUUAAGCUGUGUUUGAUGAGCAAUAUAUCAGGGUCCAAUUUUGUGCAGUUAUCUUCUGCGGUUAGCAUGGUAACAUGGUUAUGACUAGAACAAGGCGAAAAGGAAUUUAAGCCAUAUUGGAUAAUAUUGGUUCUGCCAUAGUGGACAAUAAGAGAGCAAUCCCCCCACAAAGCCUGAUGCCUCAUGGAAAGAGGAUCCAGUGGAUAGCUGUUGUUCGGUUGACACAUGAGAAUGUCAGCAGAGUUAUUUUGAAAUAUUACAUUGUAACUGUGACGUAAUUUCCUCUUCCUGCUCCAGGUCACUUGAGUGCUCUCUCUUUCUCUGUGGCUUCCCCACGCUUUCCCCUCUUUGGUUUUACCACUAUUUUAAGAUUGGGGCUCUUACUUCCAUGUGUUUGGUGGUCCAGUCUGAACCAGUGUUAUGUUAGUUAAUGAAAGGAAGUUGUUAUUGGGAGGAAAUAGGACACAGAGUACCUUCUCUAUCUAUGGAUCUGCAGGUUACACAGGGAAUAUGCGAGUAAUAAGCUCAGUGUUGGAGCUCUUCUACAAACUCAGUUUACAAGUAGAAUUAGGAGCAUUUGCUGUGGUGAUCAUUAAGCAGGGUUUUAAAAAAAUUGGUAGAUGACAGUAAGUUUACUGAGUAUGGGAAUUACUCAUUCAUUUACAAAAAUACACUAAAAAGAAAGCUUUACACUUUGUCUUAUGUAAGACUUUUAAAGGCCAUGUGACACUCGCUAGGAGGAACUUCUGCCUUUGACCAAUUAAACUGUGAAUUAAGAAUUGAUGUGGGGAAGUGCAAUAUUUUAUAAGUAAACGCACAUGUUUUAACUUUACCAAAAGUCAUUUCUAAAUCUUCUUUUAUGCUUUCUUUUAAUUUUCUGUGAAGUAUAUUUUCAUCUCAUUCUUACGCUGGGUGAAAGCUUAUAAUAGUUUCUGGAAUGUUUUCAAAAAAGCGAAUGUGACCAUCAAUCCAUGCAAUCGUUUUCGGUGUCAGUUUUUAUAUUUUGAUAACCUAAAUUCAAUUAUGUUUAAAAGCUGAAUCUCAUCAUCUUCAAUGUGUUGGUGACCCUGUGUCACUGUUUGCCUCGGCUGCUGUAUCAGCAGGUUAUUAGCUGUUGGUUUGACCAGCAGGGGACAGUGUCUCUUAAACCCAACACCAGCCUCUGUGUUGGGGGAGUCUCUCUCUGCUUAGUUAUU